AUGGAAAGAGGACUGCGAAUUGAGCAAAUUUCAGAGUCGGAAGGUGAUUGCCCGUCGCACAUUGUGGUGCUAUGUCGAGGGAAUGUGUGGAAGGUGGAGACGCUCAAGAAUGGGCAAAUAAAGAGCCCCGAUGAAUUCUACAAUACUCUGCGAUAUAUCGACACGCAUUCCAAGGACAGCACUAUGAACAGCGUAGCCUCAAUGACCACUGAGAACAGAGAUAAGUGGGCCAAGGUACGGGCGUCGAUGAUCGCUGCUUCUGAGAUUAACGCUGAAUCUUUGCGAAUAGUCGAGACAGCGAGUUUCUGUCUCACACUUGCUGACAAAUCCUAUGACACCACAACAGAGGCAAAAGUUUCGUUUCUGUUCAGGUUCUUCACUCGGCCCUUUGAUGGCGAGAGAGCCACUACAGUGUGGGCUGACAAAUCUCUGAACAUCAUCGCUUGUAAAGACGGACGACUUCUCGUGCAAGGCGAGCACAGUAAUGUUGACGCCAUUGUUAUUUUGCACAUCGGAGACGAUGCAGCACUUCGGUCCAGAAAGUCGAUUUGGCAACCAAAGGAUGCAACCUUCGACUUGCCAAAGCUACUCGAAUUCGACCUGAGCUACGAAAAUCUCAGCGCAAUUGGUGCUGCAAAUAAGAAUUUUCUUGCACUGAGGUCGUCCUUCCGGGUGAAAUCGGUCACAUUCUCUGGCUAUGGAAAUCAACUGGUGCGAAAGUCGCGGCUCUACACGGAUACCGUGAUGCAGAUCGCGUUACAGCUAGCUUUCCUGAAAACUCACAAC